AUGGAGGAUUUUGCUUCUAGUUCCUUCACAACUUUACUUCUUGUCUUAGCAAUCACCUUAUUUUACUUAAAGGUCAAAUCCUACAAGAAUGUCAAGAAACGCCCAUUGCCUCCGGGUCCAAAACCAUGGCCUAUUGUUGGAUGCCUCCCUACCAUGCUCCAAAACAAGCCAGGGCAUCGAUGGAUGCACGAUCUCAUGAAAGAAAUGAACACUGAAAUAGCUUGUAUCCGUCUAGGAAACACUCAUGUAAUUCCUGUCACUUGUCCUGAGAUUGCUUGUGAAUUCUUAAAGGCAAAAGAUGAUAUCUUUUCAUCUAGGCCUAAUAUCAUUACCACCAAGCUCAUAUCAAAAAAUCACUCAUCAACAGUUGUCACUCCCUUAGGAGACCAAUGGAAGAAAAUGCAGAAAGUGCUAAUGACACAAGUGCUUUCUUCUGCAAGGCAUCAGUGGCUUUAUAGCAAAAGAGUUGAAGAAGGGGAUCACCUUGUUCAUUACGUGUGUAACCAAUGCAAGAAGUCUGCAAAUCAAGAAGGGAUAGUUAAUUUGCGAACGGCUUCACAACAAUACUGUGCAAAUGUGGUUAGGAAGAUACUAUUUAAUAGAAGGUUUUUUGGCGAGGGAAUGGAGGAUGGUGGACCUGGUUUUGAGGAAGAGGAGUAUGUGGAAGCACUUUUCAAUAUCCUUACUAAUGUAUUUUCGUUUGGUAUCUCUGAUGUUUUGCCAUUUCUAGCUGGGCUUGACUUAGAUGGCUAUGAGAAGCUGAUGAAAGAGAAUUAUGGGAUCAUCAAUAAACAUCAUGAUCGUAUAAUUGACCAGAGGAUUCAACAAUGGAAGGAUGGCACAAAGAAGGAUGUGGAGGACUUACUUGAUGUUUUAAUCACACUAAAGGAUGACAAUGGCAAUCCUUUGCUGUCAAAAGAUGAGAUCAAAGCUCAAAUUGCAGAAAUAGCAUUGGCAAUAAUAGACAAUCCAUCAAAUGCUUUUGAAUGGGCAUUUGCAGAGAUGCUAAACCAACCUGAGAUAUUUGAAAAAGCUAUUGAAGAACUGGAUAGAGUGGUUGGAAAAGAGAGACUAGUCCAAGAAUCAGACUUUGCGCAGCUCAAUUACGUGAAGGCAUGCGCUAGAGAAGCCUUUAGGCUUCACCCCAUUGCACCAUUUAACGUCCCUCAUGUAUCGGUCGCUGAUACAAUAGUCGCCAACUACUUCAUCCCAAAAGGUAGCUGCAUUCUGCUCAGCCGACCAGGGCUCGGUUCCAACCCUAAAGUAUGGGAUGAGCCACUCAAGUUCAAACCAGAGCGCCACCUCGAUGGAACGAACAAGGUGGUGCUCACUGAGAAUAAUCUGCGAUUCAUUUCAUUUGCAACAGGAAAACGUGGGUGUAAAGGUGUGACACUUGGGACUUCAAUGACUAUCAUGCUAUUUGCAAGACUUCUUCAAGGGUUUUCUUGGAGUAUACCACCUAACCAGUCCUGCAUCGACCUUACCAUUGCAAAAAGCAGCAUGGCUCUUGCAAAACCACUACUUGCAGUUGCAAAACCACGCUUGCCUCCACAUUUGUAUCCUGGAUACUGA